GUUUAAACCUUCAAUUAACGUACGGUUAAUUUGAAUUUUUCAGAUUAUAAUUGAAGCGGGCUAAAUUAAUAAAUAUAUUGGUAUUUACGACGACAGAAGCAAAACAAAGAAGAAAAUGGUUUCCCCCACAAAAACCAUACAGUUUCACUACGUCGUCCUUCUCUAUUCAUUCUUCUGUUUACCCUUCUCGUCUUCCUCCUCUGAUGCAAGAACCGCCGUGUCCGGUCUCUUCUGCGGCAGACGCAACAGUUCCUCCUCCGAUCCAAACUACAUUCCAACUUUCGUCGAAGACAUGCAAUCACUCUCCCUGAAACUAACUACACGCCGUUUCGCAACUCAGUCCAUAAACUCCACGAUGUCUAGCUCCAAAACCAAAACGACAUCGGUUUUCGCUUUGGUUCAAUGCCACAACGAUCUCUCGCCGUCCGAUUGCCAGCUCUGCUACGCGAUAGCACGCACGCGCCUCCCUCGUUGUCUGCCUUCCUCCUCAGCGAGGAUCUUCCUCGACGGCUGUUUCCUCCGCUACGAAACUUACGAAUUCUACGACGAAUCGGUCUCCGCCACGUCGGAUAAAUACUCGUGCAGCAACGACACCGUUUCAGAUCCUCAGUUUGGGUUCCGCGUUUCGGAAAUUGCUGCGAGAGCCGCGGUUAGACAUGGAGGGUUCGGAAUCGCUGGAGAGAGUGGAGUCCACGCGCUGGCUCAGUGUUGGGAGAGCGUGGGGAAAGAAGGUUGCAAGGUUUGUCUGGAGAAAGCUGUUGGAGAAGUGAAACGGUGCGUUUCGAGGAGAGAAGGGAGAGCUAUGAACAGUGGGUGUUAUCUUAGAUACUCUGAUCAUAAAUUCUAUAAUGGUGAUGCACAUAGUAUAAUCCAUGGGCUUUCUAACAAAGGGGUCAUCGUGGCUAUUGUUUUGACCAUGUCAGCAAUCGUCAUGCUCGUUCUAUUGGCAACGUAUGUCAUUAUUGUCAAAGUAUCAAAGACCAAACAAGAACAAAGAAAUCUUGCUCUAGUUUCUAAAAAGUUCAAAAACUCAAAGACGAAGUUCAAGUACGAGACUCUAGAGAAGGCAACAGAUUACUUCAGCCACAAGAAAAAACUAGGGCAAGGAGGAAACGGCACCGUUUUCUUAGGCGUCCUCCCAAAUGGCAAGAACGUGGCCGUGAAGAGAUUAGUCUGGAACCUCUAUAGACUGAAUAGAUUGGUAGAAGCCGUAGACCCAUGUAUAAAAGAAGAGUUACUUCAAGCACAAGGCAGCGAAGCAGAAGUUUGUAAAGUUCUUUGUGUGGGAUUGUUAUGCACACAAGCUUCUCCAUCGCUGAGACCGUCCAUGGAAGAAGUCAUCCGUAUGUUAACCGAUAGAGAUUACCCUAUUCCAUCUCCAACCAAUCCUCCAUUCUUGAGGAUUAGCUCUCUAACUACAGACCCAGAGAGCACUAGUAUUUUAUCUUGUAGCACAAAUAGUACUACGACGGUUAAAACAGAUCAAGCUUCUAAUACCUCUACAGAAUCUUCUACAACUCAUAGGGUGUAAGAUUUUUUUCCAUCUUAGAAAUGUCUAGAUUUUUUUCCAUCUUAGAAAUGUCUUUGUUUCUUGAGGUCCAAUGUAUGCAAAACUAAUCAUGCAUAUGAAUGCAUUCUUUUUAGGUAUAAUCUGAUUUACUAAGCCCAAAAAUAUAACAAGUGAAUACAGAGAGAG